AUGCGUGUCAUCCUCGCUUGGCUGCUCUUCGCUGCCGUCACAGCACAGAGCUACAACUACGGCGGCGUUGAUAUCGACUCCCUCACACGCAGACAAGACCCUGAUGCACCGAUCGUCGUCAAGGCCCUGCCUCAGACUCGCAAUGGCACUACGCCACUGAGGCUCGAGAUACGACAGAUGAAGGCCGACCGAUACAAAUGGGACUUGUUCAUACUCUCCAUGAGCAUGUUCCAGGAUGUCACUCAGGACGACCCUGCUUCGUGGUACAAGAUCGCUGGGAUUCACGGAGUUCCCUUCGAGGCAUGGAAUGGUGUUGAGGCCGCUCCAGGAGCAAAUCAGUCUGGCUAUUGCGCUCACAGUUCCGUUCUUUUCCCAGUGUGGCACCGGCCGUAUCUAGCUCUCUUUGAGAUGGAACAGCAAGAGCUAUAUCGAAUGGCCAAUGUCAUUGCCGGAAUGUUUCCUAACGGGACCGAUCGGCAAACAUAUAUAGAUGCUGCACGAGACUUCCGAAUGCCAUAUUGGGACUGGGCAAUGCCUCCCCCUGAAGGAGAAUCGCAUUUUCCUGAUGUAUUCUGGAAUGCGACCAUCUCCCAGUGGGGCCCUCGAGGUGUUCAGGAGAUACGCAACCCUCUCUAUUCGUACAGGUUUCAUCCUAAAAACGCAACUGCUAUGAUUUGGAGUCCACUGAGAGACUGGGACGAGACCAAGAGAGCCCCCAACGUAUCUGAGAGUGAAACCGACCCAACAUCUGACAACCCAAAGGUCAACGCUGCGCUACUAUCGAGACUUCCAGAGAUACAACGGCGCCUCUAUGAGCUCUUGACUAGUUACAAGGACUUCAACAGCUUCGGGACCAAGGCAUGGGGUGCUACGCAGAAUUUGUCGACGGCAGACUCGAUCGAAUCUGUCCACGACAUUAUUCAUACCGACGGCGGUCUCGGAGGACACAUGACAUAUGUCCCUUUGUCUUCGUUUGAUCCUCUGUUCCUACUUCACCACGCCAUGACAGAUCGAGUAGUUGCCAUAUGGCAAGCUCUCAACCCGUACUCAUGGGUCACUCCAAUGCCGGCGGGAGAAAACAGUUUCACCACUCUCAAGGGGGAGAUGCAAGACUCUCAGUCUCCGUUGACUCCGUUCUUUGCGUCUGUUGACGGCACCUUCUGGAACUCGGACACAGCCAGGACAACAGAAGCUUUCGGGUACACGUAUGCUGAUACUGAUGUCACAGGGAGACAGAAGGAAGAUGUCCGACAAGAGUUACAGAAGAAGGUCAGCGAAUGGUGGGGAGGUUCAGCUGCGGUCGGUCUUCAGGCAAGCACGGACGUUAAGAUGGCAGGCGGAAUCUCUUCGAAAGACUACACGACCAAAUGGACCAUCGCUGUCUUGGUAAAUAUGGGGGCAUUUCCCGGUUCCUACACCAUCUACUUCUACCUGGGACAGCCGCCCACUGACUGUGGUGAGCAAACAUCUCAUUAUGUCGGCGGUAUCCCAUUUGCUGGCAAUCUCAUGGCAACCCCAUCAGACUCGGUGAUUACAGCAGCACUGCCCAUCGAAUCUCGGCUCAGAGAAAGAAUCGUAUAUGGAGACCUUCCCAGUCUCAGUUUCAAAGACGUCGAGUAUUAUCUGCUGGAACGACAGAAGCUCCAGCUCUGUGUGAUGGCCGACUUCAGGAGGGUUGUGGAUCCAGCUGAGGUCAGUGGACUACGUGUUGAAAUUGUCCGUUCAAGUUACAAGGAUGGUCGAGAUUCGUUCAAGAUAGACACUUCUUAG